AUUCUCGAAACUGCUCUAGAAGUUUUUGAUAAUAAUUAUCGAUUAUCUUGUGAUAAUACGCACAGAACUCUUUUGAGAGAAAGACUGUUUGGUCGCUUAGAAAACUGUCGAUAUGAUUUAUAAAGUUUUAAUUUUUGUCUUCAGUGUUGGGUGUUAUGCUGCACCGCAACAGCAAAAUCACGCGAAUCGAGAGUUCAUUCGGCCAUGCUAUUUAAACGAUUAUAAUUGUAUAAGGGACAACUUAGCGGCCAACUCGAAAUGCAACAAAAAUGUCGUAGGUUGGAUUCCCAGUGCGUACAUGAUCAAAACGUUCAGGUUUGAGACACCAUUCUUCAAUGCUUCGUACAUUGACAACAAUCUCGUUGUCAGAAACCAUCAUAACUGCCGGAUUGCCGAGUUCUUCUACAACGUGAAGAAGGAUUCUGCGGUGUUGGCUGUGGAGUGCCGAGGGCUGGUGGUUUCUUCAAACAGGACCCUCAUCCAGCACAACACUUUUAAGGAAGACAGCAUCUACAGCUACAGUAGCACUUGGGAAUAUCCAAUAAUCCGCAUGACAACCCACAUCAGGAACGCGAACAGAAUGGACGUGUGCAAUUCCUUCGUCUACACAGAUGUCGCUGCCAUGCCCAAAUUCGUACUCAAUCCAAAUGACAAACAAACGGCAAAUUUCCUGUCUAAAGACCUAUCGUACUUGAACAUCUACGAGAGAGAGACAUUCUUCUACAGAGGAUUUGGUUUGUUCCAUAGAUUCAUCAGUUCAAUCAUAUGUAACUUCGGAUGUUAUUAUUAAUUUAUUUUAAUUUUAAAGCUAAAAGGGAUUCAGGAAAUGUUAAAUAAUUCUACCUACUUUUUGACUCAAAAUCAAUUCCUGAAAUAAAUUUAAGUCGCCUGUAAACUCCCCUUUAUGUUAUACCCCUUAAGAGGUAUUAGGAAUACUUAGUAAUUUUCUUUCAACAUGUGACUAAAAAUGUUAUCUAGAAAAUCAUAAAAUUGCAACACCCAUGUCUGUAUACAAAUUUUUAGGUUUUAUCUGAAUAUUUAUUUAAUUUUAAUAAUGAGUUUACUAAAGGCGCAUUUUGUGAUUUGUUUUUUUUUUUUUUGCUUUGACACAGUAACAAUUGUAAUAGGUAACUGUAGUAAACAGCCAUUCCUUCUAUUCUUUUUUUAAUUUUCGAUGUUAUUUCUUUGAAUAAUAGUAACUGGACUUUCAAAACAGUUUCUAAGUACACAAUCCGUAUAGUAGUUGUUAAAUAUGGAAAUAAAGUGACGUUACUAUUUA